UGUAAUCACUUUCUUUACAUAGGAGGUUUAGUAUUGUAAGUUUAGCUAUAAGAGUUGGUGUUUUCUUUCUGUUACAGUUCUCCGUGUUUCUGUUUUGUCACUUUUGAUUAUUUUGUGUGAAUCACUGAUUAGUAUAGUGUAAUUCAUUAUAGUGUUUGUUCAAAAUAUUAGCAUAGUGAAUAGAAUUAAUCUUAAUAAUUAGUGUACUUCAUAUACUGUUGUUUUUGUUAUGCCCAGAUAAGUAGAUCCCCCAAUAAACUAUCAACAACCUCAUCACACUGAAAUCCAAAAGCAAGAUUUCUAUUAAAAAGGUACAAGCCACGACAGGGACCUCAUCCAACCAACCGGCGCAGCAGAGGAAGGAGGAAAGGCCCAGGUCUUUGGGGACGCUUUUAAAGGGGAGAUACAUCAUCAAGGGCUUAAGGUCACCGUAGGUGCUGUAGGAGACUAGCUAGUGUUACUCCCAGUACACUAGAUAUCAAGAUAUCCCCACAAUGAGUGGUGACAGAUCCUCCCACACAGAGGAGGAGGUGUUCCAGGGAUAUGAAGUCCUCAGAACCCUUGGCAAGGGCAGCUUUGGCAAGGUGAAGCUGGCCCGCCAUGUGGAGAGUGGGACCAUGUUGGCUGUGAAGAUCAUUGCCAGAGGGCACGGGGAUUCCUCUGAGUUCCCACAAGCAAGGGUAGAAGCAGAGAUUAUGAGUUCUCUGCAUCACCCUCACAUUGUACAGCUAAUGCAGGUAGACUACACGGCAGAGAGAGCCUACCUGUUCAUGGAAUAUAUUAGCGUGGGGGACCUUGGAAAGUUAGUGGCAGUGCGCGGCCACCUUGAGGAAGGAGAAGCAUGCUACUAUUUCAGUCAGACCCUGGAAGCAGUGGAGUACUGCCAUAAGCAGCAUGUUGUCCACAGAGAUAUAAAAUUAGAAAAUCUCCUUGUGGACAGAAACAUGUGUAUUAAACUAAUUGACUUUGGCUUAAGCCAAAAAUUGGCUGAAGGCCAACAACUCAAUUCAUUGUGUGGCAGCCUCGAAUACUGUGCCCCGGAAGAAUUCUUAGGGAAGGAAUUCGAUGGCUACAAGGCCGACGUGUGGAGCCUGGGCGUGCUCCUAUACACCAUGGUGAAAGGGUGGCUGCCCUUUGAAGGGAACAGCUUUGCAUACUUGAAGGCAGCCAUCCUGGCUGGCUCUUACCUAAUCCCCUCCUCUAUAAGCAGGGAACUGGAGCAGCUGCUGGACUGGCUGAUGACCUGUGACCCUGCUGAGAGGCCCACAGUGGCAGAUGCUAUGGGCCACAAGUGGCUCAGCAUGGAGCAGAAAGGGCCCAAACUGAGUGAAGACACAGCCAAACAGACUCAGAGUUCAACCGAGGACGAGGACCUCAGUGAAAGUGUGGAGAGCCUGAGCUCUCAGGAGGGCCUCCGAGAACAGGACGGCCCCCUGUGGGGAAAAGCCCAGCUACGGGCUCACCUCAGAGGAGGAGGAAGCGAAAUUUACAUGGGGCUCCCAGGUCCUUCGCAUGUUACUGAAGGUCCGAAAUACCUCUCAGGCCUCCUCUUCCAGCUGGGCUGUGAGGAGGAGGAUGGCUGCUUGUCCCCUGCUCUGAGCUGGGGGAAAUCCCAGGAGGGCUUCCGUGGAGCAGCGAGACCUGAGCUCACUGAAGUGGAGCUUCUAGCAUCUCCCCAGGAUGCUGAGGCCCAAAGCUACCUGGUGGAGCUGGGCUUUCAGCUGAGCCAUAAAGCAGCCCCCCUGACACCCGGUCUCCAAGCCAGCGCCACGUCCCCAGUGCUGCCUGAAGGUGACCCAUCAUCAGGGCUAAAUGCCUGCCAUGGAGCCCGCAGGAUGGACGGUUCCCCACCUGGCAUGAUGAUGAUCCACACUCCUCGCCCAGUCCUCAGGUAUAACAGCUCCGUGUCCUCUGCGUCCACUCUCAACACCAGCAGCAGUGAGGCCGGCAGGUCAGAUGGUCCCCACCCUGUCAUAAGGAGGAGGACCUACAUUCUUGGGCCAGUUCUCAGCCACAACAGCUCCUUGUCCUCCAUAGCCACUAUCAGCAUCACCAGCAGUGAGGCUGAGAGGACAGAUGGCCCCCAACCUGGGAUAAGGAGGGAGACCUACAUUCCCUGGCCAGGCCUCAGGUACAACAGCCCCGUGUCCUCCAUAUCCACUCUCAGCUCCAGCAGCAGUGAGGACCACAUAGCAGACAGGAGCUGUUCCCAGGGAGUGACAGAGAAUGAGAGCCUCCCAGAAAACCAACAGGACGAGGAGGCAGGGACCUCCCCUGCUAAAGCUGCCGAGAGCAAGGGCCGCCGGGGGUCUGCAGGAGGAUGGUGAACUGCCUUCUGUGGGUGUGUUGUAUCCUGCCAGACCCAGAGGAAGACCUCUGAAUUCAGAGGAGAAAGGUGGCCCCAUAGCUUCAUUCACUGGAAAUGCUCAAGAGGAAAUUAUGAUCCCUGCCUGGGAGGAGGGAUUGUGGGGAGGCAGUAAUAAAUAACAGGCAGGGAGUGAAGGCAAUGGGUCUCGUAGGAGGAACUAGGAUCAGGCGUCAGACCAGACCACACCACCAGGUCCUGUGUCUCAUGUGCAAGCAGCUGAUCAGGUGAGCAUAACCUCACUUCAGUGUCAGGUCAGUGACAUUUCUCGGUUGUCACAUGGUUCAAGUAGUCAGCAGAAUAGCAUUUUUAUUGGUUAGCAUCCAUGACCAUUUGCUAGGCACCAGAAAAACAGACACCUGACAUUGAAACGCUGUAGUGAAUGUAUCCAUUUAUAAGGACUUACUAUAGAAGCUCCUUUAGAAGAGGCAUAACAUACUGGGGCAAGUGCCAGCCUCAGGGGCUUUCUCUAUCUGGAUUCUGAGGACAGCCACACUGUGUGCAUUCAGCAGAACUUACAGAACUGCAUGCAUAAACAUCUCCUUGAUUCCAUAAAAAGUAGAAAAAAGGAACAAAGAGACCAGGCCCUGGGACUUCCAAGAGCUAUACAAACCUUGCCUUCCUGUCUAUGAGGUGUGUGGUACUGCGCAAGUACCUCAUAUUCUGAGCCCUGGUCACCACUAAAAAGUUGGGGAGGAGGCUCUGAAAAGUCCUUGUGACACAGUGAGGUCUGGAGUUUCUGGGAUGACAAAUCCAGCCAUGUGCUUGCUCAGGGAAACCCAGGUACGUGUGGCAGAUAAGCCUUCCUUCUAGCAUGAAUGUACUGGACUCUCAGGUUAUACUCAAAUAGUCUCCCAUCCUGUUUUGGGAUGUGUGCAGGGGCCACUGGCUGCUUGGGGGAUGACUGGCAGCUGCUGGCCCCAGUGGCCCACUUCGGUAUGUGAUAUCUGGGGUCACUAUCAAGUCCAGCCUAGUAUUGGCAGCUAUAGUCAAAUUGAGUAACUUUGGUCUGCAUUGAUAGAUAUUGGAGUGGGGGAUUCUUUUACCUUUUAAAUUAUGCUAAUAAUACAAAACACAAAUGUUACUAUUUUAACCCUUUUAAAGUAUACAGUAGUGGGAUGAAGAGCAUUCACAGGGUUGUGUGCACAUCACCACCACACCUCUCCUCCACAUGAAACACUCCCCAUCCCCCUCCCUAGCCUCUGGCACCCCCAGGUCUACUCCUGUCUCAAUGAACGGGACAACUCUGUCUCAAGUAUUAUGCAGUAUU